AUGCAGCGCUACAGCCACGCGCAGUCGUCGAACGAGUUUUACAGCCACAACGACAGACUCAUGGACACAUCUAAUCGGUAUAACGACUCGGAAAAUGCUUCAAUGACACUGUUAUCAAGUGAUAACUAUGGUGCGUACACAUCAGUGAUUCAGACGCGUCACCAACAGCAACAGCCGCGUCAGCAUCAUCGACUCAAUAACGACAGUAGCAGUCUCACUGUAACCACAAUAGCUGCAGCAGAACUCAAUGACGAACAUCAGUACGACCUUCAGUUACUGGCCUAUCGAGUGAUUUACGUGCUACAAGGUGCCUUUAUGGGGAUGUUGGGCCCUGCACUUGUCUUCUUUUCAACGCUAGCGAUGAAACAAUCAGGACAUGCAGCGCCAGUGUAUGGAUUUGGUCCCAUCUUUGCAGCACAUGGAGGUGCUGCACUCGUCAUGAGCUUCAUGAGUGACUUUGUGCUCACUUACUUUUCCGAGAAAGAAUUUAUGAAGCAAUUGAUCGUCAUUCUACUGCUCUGCAGUGGAGCGUGGUUUGCGUGUCUGACCUCAGUAGCUGCAGCAACAGGGAAUGUAGGCGUUGGAUGUUAUUUUAUUGCAAAAGGAUUUUGGACGGCGUUGCUCAAUAUCACACUCAAUAGAUGUUCCUUACAGAUUGCUGGAGACAAUGGCCCACGGAGACGUAGUAUUAUCACGUCUAUGAACAUCAACUACGGCCUUGGCUGCGUGCUGGGUGCCAUCGGGGCAUUGGUGCUAACCAAGUUGGACAUCGACAUGGGCUAUGCAUUCGUCGGACUGGCUAUACUAACGACAUUUCCGGUUGUGCUAGUUGUGAUGCUGCCUAGUCCACGCAGCUACUACGGACGCGACGAGCAUCAAACGCUGCUGACUUUCGAGGACCCCACGCGUCGUGUCCCCACCGUGCCCAGCCCCAUUGUGGGUGGUGUCUUCUUACACGCCAAACAUGUUAGCGGGUCCAAGAACUGCAAUCCGGACACAUACGACUCGAAAAACAACUUCAUCAUCCUGCUCGUGACCAUCUUCGCCACCGUGCUUUUCGGUAUCCAACUCGGUCUCGCAGCCUUUUUGUACGACUACAUCGGCACCGUGCUGACAAAAGGUGUCCAGCUUGAGGCUGCAGAGGCAUCGAGUUCCGGCGAUAUUGGAAGUGAGAGCAAUCAGGCCGUCUGGCAGUGUGCGAUUAUGGUGCUGUUUUGGGGAUCACUCAUCGUGUCAUAUGUGGUACUCCCGAGGUUCUUGUUCCACGAUAAGAACCUUUACUCUAUCGUGGUUUGUGCGGUGAUAUGCGGAGCAAGUUCGUUUGGUCUUCUUUUUGGCACUGAGACGGGGCUGGUCACGUUCACGGUGUGCCUUUUCUUGUUUGCGUCUGCGCUGGCUCCGCUUUUUACGCUCAGCAUCCACUGCUUGACUCGUGUAAUAAAUGAGCAGCUUAUCAGACGCGUGUCAUCGCUCAUUGUGUUUGGCUGUGGUAUGGGCGAGAUAUUUAUUCCAGUGCUGAUGGGAUUCUUCAUGAGCGGUCAAAGUGGACAGGCUAACGGAGCUGUUGCCGUCAGCUACAUCACCUUUAUUCUUUCUAUAACGCUUGUGGGCGUUAGUGGUAUGCUGCUUUGGAUGGUCAAAGCAAGGCUGAAAGAGCUACCAGAGCCCGUAGAUGAGCUUGAAGGCAAUAGUGAAAUGGGUCGCAUGCGUGCGGCUCGUGCAAGCCACGUCGUUCGAAAGAAUAAUAACUAUUGA